AUGCAGACCUUUCUGAGAGGAAAAAGAGUGGGAUUUUGGCUCAGCGAGAAGAAGAUUAAGAAGUUGAAUUUCCUGACGUUCGUGGAGAUGUGCAGGAAAAGAGGAAUCGAGGUGGUCCAGCUGGACCUCAGCCAGCCCUUGGAGGAGCAGGGUCCCCUAGACGUCAUCAUCCACAAGCUGACGGACCACAUCCUGGAGGCUGACCAGAACAGCACAGAGGCCAUGCUAAUGGUACAGAGUGUUCAGGACUACAUUGAUGCCCAUCCAGAGACUGUGAUACUGGAUCCGUUGCCUGCCAUUCGGACGCUGCUGGAUCGUUGCAAGUCCUACCAGCUUAUUCACAAACUUGAAGAGUGCAUGCAAGAUGACAGGAUCUGCUCUCCUCCGUUCUUGGUUCUCAGAAAUGAGUGUGGGCCUGAGGUCCUCCCCCAGCUCCGUAAGCAUGGCAUCACCUUCCCUUUCAUUUGCAAAACACAAGUGGCACACGGCACCAACUCCCACGAGAUGGCCAUUGUCUUCAGCGAGGAGGACCUAAAGGACAUCCGACCUCCGUGCGUGAUCCAAAGUUUCAUCAACCAUAAUGCCAUGCUGUAUAAAGUGUUUGUGGUAGGAGAUUCUUACAGCAUUGUGGAGCGGCCUUCCAUUAGGAAUUUUCCACCAGGACCCACCGACAGGAAAAGCAUAUCUUUUAACAGUCAUCACGUCUCUAAGCCAGAGUCUUCUUCAGAUCUGACCUCUAGGGAGAAUGUGGAGGGGCAGUCCAGAAGGCCGAGUGAUGAUGUCAUAAGGAAAAUGUGCAGGUGUCUGCAGCAGGCCUUGGGCAUGACUCUGUUUGGAAUCGACGUCAUCAUCAACAACCAGACGGGACAACAUGCCAUCAUCGACAUCAACGCUUUCCCAGGAUACGAGGGCGUCCCAGAGUUCUUUGACAACUUGUUGAGUCACCUCACGAGCGUUCUGCAGAACCAGUCCUCUGCCGGAGGGUAUCCGAGAGCCAACCGGAUGGCACAGAGUGCUGCCGUGGCAACACCGGCGUGUAGCUUGCCCUGCAGCAUUCUGGGAAAUGAGGGGAGCAGCUGGUUAGGAGAUGGCGAAGGAAUUAAGAGGAGCAGCCAUCAGGGACUAGGGUGCAACGGAGACAUCUGCUCAAACUUUCAGCAGCACUGUAGGUCUACCAUAGUGACAAAGGCCUCCUCACAGUGACCGCACACCCUCACUCAGGGAGACAGCCUGUAAUACUCAGUGACAUCAUCCUAACCAACCAAUCAACAGUCUUCUUCACCUGAAGAAGACAAGGGGAUGGAGAAUGGC